AUGAUGUUUGCCUUCACAGCCGACUCCCUUUCUCUCUUUUCCUUCCUUUUGGUAUGCCUCGAAGUCGCCACUUCCGCUUCUCCCACACAGUCAACCUCUCUACCUUCAACAACGCCUGGUAAGUCCGACGAACGUCCGUACGAAGAACGAGUGUCCCUCGCAAGAGCUGCUUUGGAUGUAGGUGUAAAUGGGGGAUCAACAGACGCAAGCGGAACAUUGGCCGUCGGGGAUAUCUACGAAACCACCCCGCUUCUUUUCUCUCAAUUGGCAGAAUUCGACAUCAUAACCCACAACACAACUUAUCGGGACCUUCUGAAGGUUCAAAUCCCACGAGCGACGGCAGAAAUCGUAUCCUCAUCCUACUUUGUCAGGUUCUUUCUUACGAUCCAAGACCCGAGAGCUGAUGAUUUAGCCAUCUGUUUAUUGAUAACAGUUAUUCGACUAUAUUUAUGGGAUUUUGGCAGAGCACACUGCAUCUCCGAUGACGAUAUCAGGUCGAAGAGAAUUGCAACGAAAUCGUUGUCUCUUCGGAGCACAUGCGAUGGAAAGACUCUAGUCGGCGGAGUUUUUACAACCCCCGAUCCCAAGGACGGAGAACUUGAGGCUGCAUCUACCUCAGCUUUCCUCAUCCUGUCAACGCUACUGGCUGAAGUGACUUCAAAUGCGACUUAUAUUGAAGCCGCAACGCAAACCCUUCAGUUUCUCCGAAAUUUCGCCUACUUCCCGAGUUCGGAUGGCGUUGACGAUCAGAGAAUGAUCUUUGCUUUGGACGAUAGCGAUCAUCCUUGUCAUAGCAACCUUUUACCGCAUUGGUAUCCAAUUACUGGAGAUCUCAUUGAGGGUCUGUCAAUUCUUGGGUCUAUACAGAACGAUACACCAACUGAAAGCCUCCUUCAGCAAACAGUCAAUUCCUCUACUCUCCAACGACAGGGUCAACGACCAGACGGAAUUCUGGACAAUGAAGUAAAAGAAACGCACUAUCCGACGGGUGACCCAUACCUUGUCCGCGGGCUAGCGACGGCAUACAGGAGAAAACGCAUCGACUCGGGAAUGACUGAUUAUAUCAAAGGAUUUCUGAAUGUCCAGUAUGAAGCCCUGCUCAGUAACGCAAGGCUCCCGGGAAACUUGUACGGAGGCUCGUGGAUCGGGCCACCCGAUCGAAAGUUCAGCUUCAGAAACCAAACAUACGGUGCGAUGGUCCUUGUUCAGGCUAUCAGUCUUGCGAAUGACAUAAGCUCUGGUGGAAAUUAUACAUCGUCCAAUCUCCCAAGGCCGCCCAAGUCAACACACCCGAAUAAAAUUGGCGCAAUAAUAGGAGGGGUCGUCGGAGGCGUAUCAUUCGUUGCGAUUCUUUUAGGGGUGGUGGUGCUUCUUAUUCGUCGUAGAAGACGUCGAAAUCGGGAGGGCCAAGAACCAUCAAUGUCUUUGCCUUCUCCAUCGAUAUCAGAGUCGAGCGAAAACGGAAACGGAAUCGAAGACGGAAUCGAAAACGAUAGUACAUCUCCGAUAUCUCAAUCGGCGUUGAGAGUAAAAAGUCGUUCGAACUCCAUACAAGAGCCUACAGCGACUGCCGAAGGGGACCCGAGCCGCGAUGUACCUCUUAAUGAAGAUACCCAGGUCAGAUAUCAAGACAUGUCGACGGCAGAGAUGUCUCAAAUCCUGAACACGCGUUUACGGAUCGAAUCGUUCAACGCCGAAAUGCCGCCUGCGUAUGAGUGAAGCCAGAGCUCUUUAUAAACCUAACUUGUAAUAAAUCAGUUUUGCAUCUGCUAUUUUCUCG